AUGACCUCUAUAACUUAAAAGAUUAUAUCCAAAUUAGAUCCAAGACAAGUAAUCCAUCCUAAUCUACUCUUUUUUAGUAUUAUCUAAGUGGAUGUAUUGAUAUAAUUGUUGUGUAAUAACACAAUGGAUCCUUGAAAUCUACUCCGUUUCACGUUCGAUUCGGCAAAUACGAUGGUCAAGAUUACUACGUUGACAUCAUUGUGAAUGGGAAAUUGUCGAAUGUGAAAAUGCGAUUGGGAAAGGAAGGUUCGGCAUACUUCGAAAAAAGUUCUAUUUCUUCUGGUUAUUAAUCUGAUGAUACAUUUUCUGAGAAAAAUUCGUAAUCUUGUUAAUCCAAACAAUUUAGACUUUUUGACGAGGCAUCCAACUUUAGAUUGUCCCACAAUUAUAAGACUCCUGAUGAGUUGUUCAAUAGUGACAAGAAAAAUAGCAAUUGGCUUCAAACUCUAAAAUUUUGGGGCAAAGGGUCCAAUUCAAAAAAAGAUGAUGGAGUUAAGAUUGAAACAACAAAUAACCUUAAAGAAUUUUAAUAGGUAGAUACGUCAUCGUUAGUAAUUAUAUUAUUAUAAUAUUAGGGAUUAUCGUAAAUAUAAUUACAAAAAUAAUUCCAGUCCUAAUAAUCCGAAAAACAUAUCCAAACUAACGAUUUCGAAAAAGACACUAUUCCCUAUAGUGACAGGGACACCCUAUCUCCACGCCAAUCGGUAAUGGAACUCUCUCUGUGUGGUCAAUAAUUGCAGCAAUAAAAUUUGACUCAAACUCAGAGAUUGCAACUGUUCGAACAACAUAAGGUCUCCUUUUCAAUCUUCGAGAAGGAUUCACUUAAAAUAAUAAAUCACAAAGAUCUUGUCUUUAAGAUCGGGGAUAAGUUCUUUAGUAGGGAGGCAGGAAUAACACAAUUGUUGGCUAAACAAGUCUACAAUCAAGACAUGGUGAUAGAUAGUUUGGAUCAACAGAAGAAACAGAAUACAUAGCAACAAUAAUAAUGGUAUAGUGUACUCUUCGGCAAGAAGAAAGGAUCAGACUAAAUUGAGCAAAAUAAUAAUAAUACUUAGAGAUUAAACAAUAAUGAGUAGAGUCAAAAACAGCAUCAAUAAUUUAAAUCUUAAGAUCGACUCAGGAAGCUCAGUGAGGACUCAGUCGACACAUUCAGUACAAUGUCAAUCUAAAAAAGGAGGAAGUCAUAGAGACCAAUACUCAAACCUCAUUCAUCAAUCUUAAAACAAUUGGGAUUGAAAAAGGGAGAUAACAAAAUUACAUACCGAUUAUGCAUUCCCAAGAAGAAUGACAUAGUUGAAUUGCAUGGGACGAUCUACUUGUAUGAUUAAAAAACGAAGUUGGUGAUAUCAGACAUUGAUGGCACCAUAACCAAGUCAGACAUAUUGGGUUAAUUGAUGCCAAAAUUAGGUACCGAUUGGAAUCACGAUGGAGUCGCCAAUCUCUAUUAGAAUAUACAAUCUAUGGGAUAUAAGAUAAUGUAUUUGACCGCAAGAGCUAUAGGGUAGGCAGAUCAAACCAAAGAUUUCAUUUACAAUCUACAAUAACAUAAAACCAAAUUGCCUAAGGGACCUGUAAUUUUGAGUCCUGACAGUUUGUUCCCAGCAUUCAAGAGAGAAGUCAUUGACAGAACUCCGGAAUUAUUCAAGAUCACGGCAUUAAAAGAAAUCAGGAAUUUGUUCAUCGGAGAGAGUCCAUUCUAUUGCGGAUUCGGAAAUAGAUUAACAGUAUGAUGAAAUUUAUUAAUUUCUAUUAGGAUUCUACUGCUUAUCAGGCAGUUAAUGUGGAGAUCAGUCGAAUCUUUAUUAUAGACUCGGAGAGCAACAUCCAUAAGUAUAAUACUGAUGAAAUCACUACCUAUGUGGAGAUGAAUAAGAACAUUCAUCUGUAUUUUCCUCCAGUUGACGAGGGAGAGUACUAAUGCUAAAACUUCUGGAAGAUUCCGAUCAGUGACAAUGAUGAUAUAAAUUAUUCAUGA